AUGGCUCGUAGAGGUAACGAGUACGAUAGUCAGGAGUCACUCCCGCUUUUGAGUGAGUCAAUCACCUUCGAUGGCGAUCAAGGCAGCCUGGGACGUGGCUCAUCGGUGUUUCCGGCAGUUUCAAGGCUGAGAAGCAACACUAUAACGAGCAUACGGAGUGGUUAUGAGAUUGUUCGAGAACAUAUGGACAAGAAGAAGUUUGCAUACCUAGUUCUGGCAAGUCUUUUCUUAUACUUAGGCUUUGUGGGAGCGUUUGCGCCAAGAACAUCGCUGGCAAGAGACUUUAGAAGGAUACAUGCCUCCCGAUUGACGGAUGCUGAGAUUUAUCGCAUCUACCUGAAUGCCUUGAGUGCCGAGAACCUUGCUGGAAAGCAUGUCAGGAACUAUACCAGCCGCGAACACAGGAUUGGUGACCAAGAGGCUUUGGAUUAUACUGUUGCACAAUUGAAAGAACUCGGUUUCGAACCAAGAUUGGAGAAAUACUACCCCUGGAUUAGCACGCCAGUCGAUUCCCAGGUUACUUUGCUGGAGGACGAUGAGAUUUCUUUCGUGGCUUCCCUGAGAGAAGAAUGCCUUGAAGAAGAACAUACAGGUUGUGGUUUAUCUAGCCAACCUGCAUAUCAUGAUUACUCUGCUAGCGGAAACGUUACAGCAUCGUAUAUUUUCGCUAACUAUGGCAGGUUGGAGGAUUAUAAAUUCCUAUUGCAAAACGGUAUCGAUAUUGAGGGUAAAAUUCACGUUAUUCGUUAUGGUAAAAUACUGCCUGGAUUAAAGAUUAAGAAUGCUGAGCUCUACGGUAGCUCAGGCGUGCUGCUAUAUACGGACCCCUACGAUGACGGACUAAUAACCAAAAAGAACGGAUACAAGCCAUAUCCGGAUGGACCUGCUCGGCAUGAUAGUAGUAUCGAAAGAGCGGCAGUAAACUUCCUAAGCGAUUUUCCUGGCGACCCCACGACUCCUGGUUAUCCAUCAAGGUUCCCGUCAACCGAAAGGCUUUCACCAGCUGGCAAGAUUCCGACUAUUCCAUCCAUUCCCAUCAGUGCAGAGGAGAUUUAUCCAAUUUUGCGAAAGCUCAACGGAAAAGGUGCUAAGAUGAAUUGCACCGGCAAUAUUGAAGGUUUUGAGUAUUUCACGGGGCCUUCAAGCGAUAAUGUGCAGCUGCAGAUAUUCAACAAACAGAAUUAUUCGAUUACCGAAAUCACUGAUGUCAUUGUGGAGAUCCCAGGUAUAUUCUCAGAGUAUGACAUAUUAAUCGGAAAUCAUAGAGACUCCUGGACAGUUGGUGGAGCUGGAAGUCCUAACAGUGGAAGCGCCAUUCUUUUGGAAAUUGCUCGCGGAAUGUCAGCAUUGUUAAAACAUGGCUGGAAGCCGAUGAGGCCGAUCAAACUAAUUAGUUGGGAUGGAGGAGAAUUGGGCAUGCUUGGAUCUUUAGAAUAUGCCGAAAAUCAUGCGGACUUGCUAAAGCGGAAUGCGCUUGUCUACUUAAACCUUGAGUCCGCAAUUACAGGCAGCCAGUUUCGCUGUAGGGCGAAUCCAUUAUUGGAAAAUGUCAUACGAGAUGCAGCCAAAUGUACUAAUUUCAAAGGCAGCGACGGUUGGACACUGUUUAAUGAAUGGGAUAAAGUUUCUAACCUGACCAACUCCCCACUCUUAGGGUUUGCUGACUAUGUCCCCUUUCAGUAUCAUCUUGGGAUUCCCUCCGCUAGUUUCGAGUUCAGUAGUAAUGGUACUGGGGACGCUGUGAUUCAUUGGCAUUCUCGCUACGAUAGCCAUUUUUGGAUGGAGAAAUAUGUCGACCCCGGCUAUAAGCUACAUAAUACCCUGGCUGUGAUGACUGGUAUGACCUGUUUGACGUUGUGCGAAACAGAGCCCACUGUUUUCAAGGCCUAUCCAUAUCUUACUGAAAUCGCUGAAUGGUACGAAAGACUGCAUGAAAAGAUUCUUCAGCUAUUCCCUGAAGAUCGUGAACUGCUCGAUUUGGCGGAAACGAUUGCGAAGCAUCUUGAGACGAUUUACACCGAGGAUGCUGCACUUUUUGAUGCCCAAAACCUUGAACUGAGGGAGCUCUGCACCAGAGAUUUUGCUGCAUAUGAGUUUUUCAAGAAGAUCAAGAUCUACAUAAGACUAAUGAGGGCAAACAAUAAGCUGAAGCGAAUAGAUCAGCUGUUCUUAACUCGAGGUGGUCUGCCGGACAGGAACUGGAUGAAGCACUCAAUUUACGCACCAAACAAGAAAACAGGCUGCGAGGUCGACGUAUUGCCUGGCCUUCAAGAAGCGAUUGUAGAACAAGACCGAGAAAAGGCCUUCCGUUGGUUAUCAAUCUUUUGGACACAGAUCACCAAUCUGAGACUCUUGUUGCGGUGA